AUGCUGGACGGCCUGAAGAUGGAGGAGAACUUCCAAAGCGCCAUCGAGACCUCGGCCCCCUUCUCCUCGCUUUUGGGCAGAGCGGUGAGCCCCAAGUCUGUCUGCGAGGGCUGUCAGCGGGUCAUCUCGGACAGGUUUCUGCUGCGUCUCAACGACAGCUUCUGGCAUGAACAGUGUGUGCAGUGCGCCUCCUGCAAAGAGCCCCUGGAGACGACUUGCUUCUAUCGGGACAAGAAGCUCUACUGCAAGUAUGACUACGAGAAGCUGUUUGCUGUCAAAUGUGGGGGCUGCUUCGAAGCCAUUGCACCCAACGAGUUUGUCAUGCGGGCCCAGAAGAGUGUGUACCACCUGAGCUGCUUCUGCUGCUGUGUGUGUGAGCGGCAGCUGCAGAAGGGCGAUGAGUUUGUCCUGAAAGAAGGACAGCUGCUCUGCAAAGGGGACUAUGAGAAGGAGCGGGAGCUGCUCAGCCUGGUGAGCCCAGCAGCCUCAGACUCAGGCAAAAGUGAUGAUGAAGAAAGUCUUUGCAAGUCAGCCCAUGGGGCAGGGAAAGGGGCUACUGAAGAUGGCAAGGACCAUAAGCGCCCCAAGCGUCCCAGAACCAUCUUGACAACCCAACAGAGAAGAGCAUUCAAGGCCUCAUUUGAAGUGUCCUCCAAGCCAUGCCGGAAGGUGCGAGAGACCCUGGCUGCAGAGACAGGCCUGAGCGUCCGCGUCGUUCAGGUGUGGUUCCAGAACCAGAGAGCUAAGAUGAAGAAGUUGGCCAGGCGGCAGCAGCAACAGCAGCAAGAUCAGCAGAACACCCAGAGACUGAAUUCUGCUCAAACAAAUGGUGGUGGGAACACUGGGAUGGAAGGGAUCAUGAACCCCUAUACUGCUCUGCCCACCCCCCAGCAGCUCUUGGCCAUUGAGCAGAGUGUCUACACCUCAGAUCCCUUCCGACAGGGACUCACUCCACCCCAGAUGCCUGGAGACCAUAUGCACCCCUAUGGUGCUGAACCCCUUUUCCAUGACCUGGAUAGUGACACCUCCCUCAGUAACCUGGGUGACUGUUUCCUAGCAACCUCAGAAGCCGGGCCCCUGCAGUCCAGAGUGGGAAAUCCCAUUGACCACCUGUACUCCAUGCAGAAUUCUUACUUCACCUCUUGAGUCUUCCCCUCAAGUUCUGUGGCUAGGCUCCCAAAUGGAUCAACCAUAUUGUGUGAGGGGUCAGCUGGCUUUAGAACGGGGAUUCCAGGGAAGAGGUGGGUUGGGGGGAGUUUU